AUGCACCAAGAGAAGUCUUUUCCUGAUUUUCACCGUCUUUUUACAAUAUAUUUGAUUUCCUAUUUUUGUCAUUCUUCUCACCUUGCUGCUCAACCUAAAAGUAAUGAUCUUCACAUGGAAAGUGAAAAGAGUUUACUUAGAAAAUUAUCUACAAAUUUCAAACAAAUCUCAGGGAAACAAAACGGAGAACUACCACCUGAAAAUGAGAAAUCUGGGAAUAAAGCCACACCCACACCUGAAAAUGAGAAAUCUGGGAAUAAAGCCACACCCACACCUGAAAAUGAGAAAUCUGGGAAUAAAGCCAUGCCCACUCCGACACGGCCAUUUGCAUUCAUUAUUAAUGAAGAAGAGAAGUGUAAAGGUAGAACACCUUUCUUGGUAUUGCUGAUAUCAACAACAGCAGCGGAGGUGGAGCGCAGAAACGCCAUCCGGAGGAGCUGGGGGAGCGAAGGCGCGGUGCUGGGCGCGGAUGUCAUUCGGCUGUUCAUGCUGGGCAGCGACACCGAGGGUGACGGGGACGUUCUGCUGAGAGAAAGUGAGCAGCAUCACGACAUCAUCCAGCAGGACUUCCUGGACACUUACAACAACUUAACUCUUAAAACUCUGAUGGGCAUGAGCUGGGUGGCCUCCUACUGCAGUGACACGAGGUUUGCUAUGAAGACAGACAGUGACGUUUUUGUCAACACGAUGCACCUGAUUGAAAAGCUCCUCAGGCCUCUCCCACCUCCCACACAGAAUUAUUUUACAGGCCAUUUAAUGGCAGGGAACAGCCCUAUUCGGAAUAAAGCCAGUAAAUGGUACAUAUCAGAAGAAGAAUUCCCAGGAAACAGAUACCACCCUUUCUGCUCAGGAACUGGCUACGUCUUUUCUGGAGACCUGGCUGCAAAAAUUGUAGAAGCUUCUUUAAUGAUUAAAUUUAUACAUUUGGAAGAUGUUUACGUAGGGUUUUGUCUUCAUGCAAAGGGAGUAGAAAUAGUACCACCUCCUUAUUCACUGUUUAACAUACGCAAGGUCCCAUUUUCUCCUUGUGCAUACAAUGAAUUAAUUACAUCUCAUCACAUUGAGCCACAUGAGCACAUACUCUAUUGGGAAACACUGCAAGAGAAGAAACACAUGUGUAAGGAAAGGAAGGUCCAUCCUGGAGAAUCCUAG